AUGUUGAUUCUGGAGACCCAGUGCCACCUUCCUUGCACUGGAGACCCAGUGCCACCUCCCUUGCACUGGAGACCCAGUGCCACCUCCCUUGCACUGGAGACCCAGUGCCACCUCCCUUGCACUGGAGACCCAGUGCCACCUCCCUUGCACUGGAGACCCAGUGCCACCUCCCUUGCACUGGAGACCCAGUGCCACCUUCCUUGCACUGGAGACCCAGUGCCACCUCCCUUGCACUGGAGACCCAGUGCCACCUCCCUUGCACUGGAGACCCAGUGCCACCUCCCUUGCACUGGAGACCCAGUGCCACCUCCCUUGCACUGGAGACCCAGUGCCACCUCCCUUGCACUAGAGACCCAGUGCCACCUUCCUUGCACUGGAGACCCAGUGCCACCUCCCUUGCACUGGAGACCCAGUGCCACCUCCUUUGCACUGGAGACCCAGUGCCACCUUCCUUGCACUGGAGACCCAGUGCCACUUCCCUUGCACUGGAGACCCAGUGCCACCUCCCUUGCACUGGAGACCCAGUGCCACCUCCCUUGCACUGGAGACCCAGUGCCACCUCCCUUGCACUAG